GAACUUCUGUUUUCUUCAAAGUGAAUGCUCAUUUCAGGUGGACCCUCACACUCAAUCUCAACCAUUCACUCGGUGGUCAGGCAAAGGAGAAGGAGCCCAUCGCCAGCAUGGUAAAAGUGAACAUCUGUGGAACAGGGGAGCCUUUAAAGAAGACCCCAUCAGACCAGGAUGGCCCCAAGAAGCGGAGCACCGCAGUUGCCUUCAUGUAUGUCGCCCUGGCGGUCAGUGUGGCUCUGUUGCUCGUCAUCCUCACCUUCUUUAUCAUCAAAUCUUCUCGACUGGAGGCAGAAAUUGAAAACGUGCAACUCAAAGAUCUUCAAAUGUCAUCUGAACUGAAGAAGCUGGACAUGGAGCUCAGCAAAACGAGCUCUGAAACGUCCGCCAAGCUGAAGAACCUGGAAAUGGACCUGGAGAGGCAGGAUUCUCAAAUCCAAGACAUGCAGGCCAAAGAUUCUGAAAUGUCAUUGAAACUGAGCGACUUGGAAGACCAGCUGAUGAAAGUGGCUUCUGGAAGGGGACCAAAGACUGCUGAUGUGACAGUGAUGGAUGACUUUUUCACAAUUUACCCCGACCUGCCAGACGAUCCAGACUGGCACAGCUUCAACGGGCAUCACUAUUACUUUUCCAAGACAACAACCAACUGGGCAGAAGCCAAUGAGUGGUGCCGUUCCAGGGACUCGUACCUCGCGGUGAUCUCAACCAGUGAGGAGAAGACAUUUAUUAGCCGUUCUAUGACAGAAAGGUCCUGGGUGGGCCUGAGUGACUCGGAAGCAGAAGGCAUCUGGAAGUGGACCACUGGAGAAUCGGUUCAAGGAAGUUUCUGGGCCAAAGGAGAACCAAACAAUGAUAAGAACAGCGAAGACUGUGGAGAGAUAAUGAACAAUGACUAUCUGAAUGACUCCAACUGUGAAGAUCACAAAUACUGGGUCUGUGAGAAGGACUUUGUCAUCUGAAGACCUGCCAAGUCCUCCAAAGUCCCGAUGUCACGUCUUCUGUCUCAUUCUUACUUGUCUAUGUCCUUCACUGAUUGUCUUCAUCCAUAUCUGGGGUGUCAGGGUCAGGAGUGACAAUCAGGCCAUCAUGACAACUAUGAAGGUGGCACCUGGACAGCUUGUAUUAGCUUUAGGGCCUCACUGGUCCUUCCAUUGUCAAACACUCACAGAGAGGAGCAAACAACACGUCCGGGACACCCGAGGGACACAGCAGGUUGCCAUCAGCGCCUGCCUGAGAUAUCUGGUCACAGCACUCACUGGUGACGCCAAACAAUCACAUCUCUCGGUGUCCUCUGCUGGACAAGGCCGGGAGUCCCAUCGGUAGGCCACUCAGUGCUCUGCCAUGUUCCUUUGUCCGUCAUGGUCACUCUAUGGCCUGUCCUGCACAUUUAGUCACCUGUGACCUCCGCUUUGUGUCACCUGAUGCUCCCGGCCCCCUGUAGUAGUGCAGACCUUCAGUCUUUUAGUUUUGUGUUAUUUCUGAUUCUGAAUUGUUGUAAUCAUUACAUCUGAAACUGUAAUCCUGUAAAGGCGCUAUAAAAUAAUGAUGGAUUAUCUGAUUGCUUUACACGCUGAGCUUCUGAUGCUGCAUUUAAGCCCCCUGACUCUGUGGACCCUUCACUUGUUUGUUUAAUCUGAACUUUCUUUUCUCAAAUAAAUGUGAUUUUCACCCUC